AUGAGGAAUACUUAUUUGUGGAAAAUUUGGUUUCCAACAGGUGGACACUAUGCCUGGAAUUCCUCCGAGGAACGUCAUAUUAUAUCUCAGGGUUUUGAUGCAGAAGAUAAUGAAAUUGCACAAUAUUCUCGGGGAGUGAAUCUCAUUACACAUCACAGACUUUCCCAUUUGGAGAGAUCGAUGGAUCCCUGUAACACCGAGGAACCGCCUGAUAUAUCACAUUCCAUUGCUCCAGAUAUCCAGCUGAGAACUCAGAGUCCCUACAGAUCAACAGAUCCGUCUGAUUCCAAGGAACCUUUUUUAAGCCAUCAAGGAGAUAACACAGGAGAGCAUUUAUUGACAUGUUUGGUGUGUGGGAAAAGUUUCACUGGAAACCAAGACCUCUUUUUUCACCAGGAAAGUCACAAGAGUGAGUGUCACCACGAAUGCUGCAAGUGCGGGAAAUGGUUCAUUGAGAAAGGAGACCUUCUUAGUCACCAAAGAAUCCACACGGGCGAUCGUCCUUAUUCGUGUCCAGAGUGUGGGAAAUGUUUCGCUGAGAAAAAAAUACUUCUCACACACCAGAAAAGUCACACGGGAGAGCGUCCUUUUUUAUGCUCAGAAUGCGGGAAAUGUUUCAUUCUGAAAUGUGCGCUCGUUAGACACCAGAGAAUUCACACGGGAGAGCGUCCAUUCUCAUGUUCUUACUGCGGGAAAUGUUUCAUUCAAAAAGGAGACCUUCUUAAACACGUGAGAACUCACACAGGUGAGCGUCCGUUCUCAUGUACAUACUGCGGGAAAUGUUUCAUUCAAAAAGGAGACCUUCUUAAACACGUGAGAACUCAUACAGGUGAGCGUCCGUUCUCAUGUACAUACUGCGGGAACUGUUUUAUUCAAAAAGGAGACCUUGUUAAACACCAGAGAAUUCACACUGGUGAGCGUCCUUAUUCGUGUUCAGAGUGUGGGAAAUGUUUUACUGAAAAAGGAAAACUUGUUACACACCAACAAAGUCAUUGUGGUGAGCGGCCUUUCGCUUGUUCAGAGUGUGGGGAAAAGUGUGGGAAAUGUUUCUUUGAGAAAGAAAACCUUCUUAGACACCAGAGAAUUCACACAGAUGAUCGUCCCUUUUCCUGCCCAGAGUGCGGUAAAUGUUUUGGUGAGAAGAAAGUGCUUCAAACACACCAGAAAAGUCACACUGGAGAGCGCCCUUUUUCAUGUUCAGAGUGCGGGAAAUGUUUCAUUCUGAAAUAUGCCCUUCAGAGACACCAGAGAAUUCACACAGGUGAGCGUCCAUUCUCAUGUUCAUAUUGCGGGAAAUGUUUCAUUCAAAGGGGAGACCUUUUUAAACAUCAGAGAAUUCACACAGGGGAGCGUCCUUUUCCAUGUCCGGUGUGUGGAAAACGCUUCAUUGACAAAGGAAGCCUCGUUAAACACCGGAGAAUUCACACCGGUGAGCGUCCUUAUUCAUGUUCAGAGUGCGGGAAAUCUUUUAUUGAUAAAGGAAAACUCGUCACACACCAGAGAAUUCACAAAUGAGUUAUUUUUUUAAUGUUC